AUGAAGCUCCCGGGAGGAGGGAGUGAGAAAAUGGCCCGUCAGAGGACAGGAGAGGAACUGGCCUGGGCCCUCUGUGACCCUCAAAGCCCCGGGCCAGCUGGCAACUGGCCGGCUCGGCAAUUGGGGUUUCGUGGAUUGGGACUUGUAAAGUCCCCACAUUGCCAUGAAUCACGGACACUCCGCCAGCGAGAGCCAGAAAAUGCGGCCAACUCCAGAGAGUGCCGGCUUGACAAGCAGCUGCUGCAGUUCGCCUGA